AUGAACAAUUUCUCGUCCGUGGUCUCAGCCUCUCAGGUCUGCCGAAAAACCAAGCAGAAUAUCACUACAAUGGUGAAAACCAAAGCCCAAUCGAAGAAGCCGCAAAAACGGGGAAUAGACUUCAAAAAAAUAAAGAGGAAAAUUGGUCGAAAAUUGCCGCCUCCGAAAAAUGCUACAAAUACUGAAAUCAAAUCCAAAGCAAUAGUUCUUCCGGAACAGAGUGUUGCAUCUGAAAAGACGGGUUUAGCAGUCAGCAAAAAGGGUUUAACAUUGAAGGAGCUGCUUCAGCAGACAAGCCAUCAUAACUCUAAAGUCCGGAAAGAUGCAUUGAUAGGUAUUAAAGAUAUAUUCCUUAAGCACCCUGCCGAGCUAAAAUUGCAUAAACUUGCUGUUAUAGAGAAACUGCGUGAACGGAUUGGCGAUGAUGAUAAGUUGGUCCGUGAAACACUGUAUCAACUUUUUAAGUCAGUAAUAUUCCCCGGAUGUAAAGAGGAUAACCAGGGACCAUUGAUUUCCUUGAUGAUGGCAUACAUCUUCAAUGCACUGACCCAUUUAGCAAUUGAUGUACGCUUGAUGGCUUUCAGUUUUGUUGAUCUUGUUGUCCAGUACAAUCCCUCUUCUUUUUCCUUAUAUGCUGAAAAGAUUCUCCAGAACUAUGAAGACAUUCUGCGCAAGAACCAAAUUUUUCUAGAGGAUAAGAGCAAGUUAAAAAACAUUCUAGGUGGACUGGUUCACUGCUUGUCGUUGUUGCCAUGUAACAAGAGAGAAAAUGACUCGUCAUCUAAAAAUAAUACUCCUGCUGAAGACAUUCUCCAUGCUUUUGAGCCUGAGGUUUCCAGAGAACCGACCAGGUUUACUGGAGUUACCAAGAAAUUGAAGGAUCUUUUGCCCAUACUAGUUACUUGUUUUCAAGAUUACAUGCCCAUGGUUCACACAAUUGCUCAGCUUGGCGCACCAUUAUUUGAUAGUAUGCUAUUGAUACUUCAAAGCAUAGAUCUUGUAGUCAAGUUUUUGGGUUGUGGGAUUGGUAGAAGCCAACAAUAUACGCAAACCCUUCUACUUACUUUGCAGAAGCCUGACACAACUACUUACGAUCAAUUUAUCUCACUAGCGAUGCUAAAGAAGUUGUGGGAUAUUUUUCCCCUCAACUUAGUUCAUCACCAAUCAAAAAAGGAUGAUGAUCGUAUCUUCAUGCUGAAUAUUGUAAUUACUGAAAUAUUUUUGCAAUUAAGUAACUGGAACUACCCUUCCACUGCUUUGCUGGAAAAGUUUCUGGAAUUCAUUGAGAGAUCACUAUCUACAAAGAUACAGUCAAAUAAAGGGCUUAACGAAAAACACUUACUUCCACUAAUAUCAUACAUCCCAAAACUAACCAUGGGAAUUUCAGGUCAUUGGAGAUCUCGUAUUCUCCAGUCUUUUACAGAGGCUUUCAUGAACUGCAAUCCAGCGUCUUCAAUGAAAUUAGCUUGCCUUUCUACAAUCAACGAAAUGCUUGAUCCUGAAAAAAACUGGCUAUACAUGGAUGGAACUGAUCCUACAAUAUUAGAUUAUCAGAUCACUUGGAUACGGGAGCUUGCUCCAUUGCUAACUUUGUUAGGUGACAAAAACCCUACAUGUUCCAAGGCUGUGUUGAGCCUUCAACUUCGCCUGGGACAAGCUGCCCCUCCCAACUCUCCAUUUUCUCAGGAAUUCGACAACAUGCAGUACAUUAUGAGAGACUUUUACAGUAGUCAGAUAGAUGAAAGAAGUGUAUGCUAUGGUCCAUUCAUAAGGCUUUCAGAAGAUGUUCAGGAAAUCUCAAUAUGUUGCCUUUAUUAUUUCUCUUUCAUGGACUCACUUCUACUGCAGUCACUUGUGUCAUGUUGCUUGUGCCCUGAUUUGGAGCCAUCUUUACUUUUUCGAAUCUUGGAGGUUCUGCAAUCGGCUUAUAGAGUUGGGCAUAUCCAAGUUGCUGACUACAUUAGCUUUCUUGUCACUCUACUUUCGCGGUUCCAAGUUUAUCCAGAAGAGACCUAUCCUUUCAUGAAGCAUGAAGCAAGGUCAAAUUGUGGGACUUAUAAAUCUGUUACUAGUGUUGUUUGCUCUUGCCUGUCCCAGAUUGGUGAUGCUCAUCUCGUUUUCCAAAUGCUGGAAAAAAUAAUUGUUGAUCUGAUUUGUGCCAAACAACCGGUGGAUAAUAUGUGUGGUCUUCUCAGACUGCUGAUUACGUUCGACUCCAAACCCUCGAGACUUUCUGAAGAGAGUAUCAUCAACAUAAGUCACACCCUUCCAGAAUACUUGAUGGAUAUUGUAUCUAAUGACCUGGAAGAUGAUCACGAGUCCAUUACUGCUAUUAGUGUAAAGAGAAGAAAAUAUUACCUCCUGCCUCCCUUUAUUCUGUUCCAUAGGAGCAACAGGCUGUUGAGUCUUGUGUUAAAUGUGAUGGGGUCUUGGGUUUCUGAGAUCUGUUCAUUGCUUGCUAGCGAUAGUCAGACUUCCUCCACAAUUGAUUCUUCAAGUAGGCUACGUGCCAUUAUCUCUAUGCUCCUCCUUAUGCAUGAAGAUGUCAAGAUUCAACGAAUUCUUUCAUCGUGCGAGAUGCAAAUUAAGAAUAUAUUGCAGAAUCUGAGCACGUUACUCUCUUCUGUGGAGAUCAAGUUGAUGACCAUAAGAGAAAAGCAUAAGAUUCAAAGUGCACACGAUCAACUGAAAGCCAUCGCCAGUAAAUUAUUCAUAGACUCUCAGAACUUGGGAGAAACGGCAUCAGCGAGUGAGAAUAUGCUGCAGCAGGCAAAGCCCAAGCGGCCAAGCCCACAUCCUUCCUCGUUUAGACGGUGCCUAUCGCCGCCACAAGCUGCUACUCCACUACCCGGCUUCACUCAGACUCUUCGUCCAAUUAAAGGCCCAAGAGUCUUACCUAUUAUCAAUCUUACAAUCAAACAGCGAAAGGAAAAAAGAGAAACAAAAAAAAUGCAAUCACAGAUCAGUGCUUUCUUCAAACCCGAUUCUUCUCCACAAAAAGAAGCUGAAGACCAGUCUCCAUUUACCGUCGAUUUUGGCGAUUAUUCUGAAAAAAUUAUAAAAGAGCCAGAAAUCAUCAUCACAUACAAGCGCAGGACUCCAUGCUUAGACAGUAAAUUUAUUAGCAAAGAAUCAAUGAAUCAAGAUUCAGUGGAGAAAUUUACAAAAUUGGGACCUACCAAGUGUGGAAAGGUUCUGAACAAGAAGAGAAACUAUGCCCAAUUACACUUGGAGGUUGGUCAGUCUAAUUUUUUACUGCACACAUGUAAAGAAUGCGGGUUCAAGUAUGCUCCUGGUGAUGAAGGUGAUGAGAGGAUUCACAAGACAGUUCACAAGAAUUACACCCAUGGUAUUUCUUUUAAGGGUUGGCGAAAUGAGAAGAUUAUUGACGUGCCUUUGCUUGAAAGAGGGCGCAUUAUUUUGGUGCAAGGAGAUGAUCCUCAUACUCAGCAAAACAAGAUUCAGGAUGUUGUCAAGAUGAUGGAAAUGGAACUUGGAGAUGGGUGGAUACUUCAUAAGAACUGUAAGGUUUACCUAUUUGUUUCUUCCCAAAGGAUAUCUGGAUGUCUAGUUACUGAAUCAAUAAAGAAGGCAUACAGGAUAUCUGCAAGCUCAGUUAUCAAAAAACAUGAUAGUGACGCUGCAAAAGAAAGGAGUAGUUCAGUUUCCCUUCAAUUUGGCAAUGUGAGUUUCGAGAGGGAAAUCAUAAGAAGGGAUUCUUCCGCUGUAGAGUCAGAGAAAAGCAUUGAUGGAAUAAUUUUGUGCGAGGAUGAGGGAGUACCUGCUGUUUGCGGCGUUAGAGCCAUUUGGGUCGCUCCCUAUAACAGGAGAAAGCGCAUAGCCACCAAUCUACUUGAAGCAGCAAGGAAGAGCUUCUGCACUGGCGUAACUCUUGAACACACGCAGCUAGCAUUUUCUCAGCCUACCUCACUUGGAAAGGCUUUGAUAUCCAGUUAUACAGGAGGUUCUUUCUUGGUUUACACAACAGCAGAUCUAAACUAA